AUGAAGGGCCGUCCCAUUGACCAGCUCGUUUAUGAGCACAUGUUUCCCAAGCCUCGCGCGAGCGACCCUCAAAAUUUCCAUGCUCUCUUGCAGCGCAGCCUGAUUUUGGAGGUUCGUCAAGAGGUUCACUCCUUCUACGGCCAUCUCGAUACUCAAGAAGCCAAGUACCCGGGCUUGGAUUACUGCAACCCCAUCCACCGUAUUCGUCUGAGUCGUUGGACCUGGCACCGCCGCUUGUUCCGAGCGUUUGAUAACCUCCAUCUGACCCCUAACGAGAUUGCGGGUUUGACCAAAUGGGAGGGCACAAGAUGGGCUAAGGAGCGCUACGAGAAGGAACAAGGCAUCUCCAUUAGAGAUACUGCCGGCGAUGGAUUCCCUGACUGGAUCGAGCCGGAAGAUCGUCCAGCGGCCCCGGUUCGAAACCCUCGAUCAAGGUCUGUGGAUACAGAUGAUGCCACCGACCCUGGAGACGAGGACAUGGACGGUGAAGAGAGUGACGAGGAACUCGAGAGCGUCGGUGUUGCUCUGAACCAGCGAUUGAGAGAGAGGGCAGCACGACGAGAGGCUGGAGACAUGUCUACGGUCUUGGACGAGGAAUGGGAGCAGUGGCUAAAGAACGUUAUUGAAAGUGGCGAGCUGCCAUAUCUCUCCAACGACGACAUCUCACCAUCGAGAGCUGAUCCGGCAGCGGUUGCAGUUGUGCCGCAAGCACUCUUCCCCCCUCGCAUGCUGAGCGCUGCUCGCGCUGGUCAGUGGCAAGACAUACCCGACUUCCUCCACGACAUUAUUCGCCGUACGCUUGAGAACCAGAACUCGAGCAGUGGCGAGGAAACUGCAGCACCUCCUCGCUUGCCCUCUAUUUCAAGUCGCAAUGCGGCACGGGAACGCAGAGGCACUGACGAACAUCACAUUGGCGGAAUCUCAAACUGGAGACGUACAUAUUCGGAUUUGCGGCUCCCUGUCGGCGACAGCGCAGCUAGCCCGAAUUUGCAGAGGACGGCACAGGCACCCGGGGCCUAG